AUGGCGUCCCCUUUGCAGUUUGCCUACCGAACCCAGAAGCACAUUGGUGUCACCGAUGCCGCGCCCGUCUAUGCGCCGCUCGCUGGGUUCACCAACCCCGAAGGGAACAACCGGUGUUGUGAGUACUCACCCUGUGGUCGCUAUUUCGCCUGGGCCGAUCCCAAGCUCGUCUCCGUUGUCUGGCGCACCAUCGAGGACGGUGUGCCCGCCGAGGAGAAGCAGCCCCUGGGCCGCUACGUCCAAAAGUCUCAGGGAGGCUGGAACCUGCAGUACACCGCCGACGAGAAGUUCUGCGCCCGCCAGGUCACCAACGAAGUCCAGUUCUACGAGAGCCACGAUCUCGGCACCGUCUGGAACAAGCUGCGCGUCGAGGGUGUCACCACCUUUGCCCUUGCGCCUAGCAACAACCACUCUGUUGCCGUCUUCAUCUCGGAGCGCAAGGGCCAACCCGCCGCCGUCAAGGUCUACAGCGUCCCGCAGUUCGCUCAGCCCAUCUCCCAGAAGACCUUCUUCAAGGGCGACAAGGUCCAGCUCAAGUGGAACAACAAGGGCACGAGCCUGCUUGUGUUGGCCCAGACCGACGUCGACAAGUCGAACAAGAGCUACUACGGCGAGACGACCCUGUACCUGCUGAGUGUCAACGGCUCCUUUGACGCCCGCGUACCCCUCGACAAGGAGGGCCCCAUUCACGACGUGACGUGGUCGCCUAAUUCGAAAGAGUUUGGCGUCAUCUACGGCUACAUGCCCGCCAAAUCGGUCAUCUUCAACCACCGUGCCGUCCCCACCCACUCGUUCCCCCUCGGCCCCCGCAACACCAUCAUCUUCUCGCCCACCGGCCGCUUCGCCCUGCUCGCCGGCUUUGGCAAUCUGGCAGGCCAGAUUGAUGUGUACGACCUCGAGAAAGACUUCCGCAAGGUCACAACUAUCGAGAGUGGCAACCCGAGCAUCUGCGUCUGGAGCCCCGACAGCCGCUACAUCCUGACCGCCACCACGUCCCCUCGUCUCCGUGUCGACAACGGCGUAAAGCUGUGGCACGUUGGCGGUAGCAUCAUGUACAAUGAGGACAUGACUGAGCUGUACAACGUUCUGUGGAGGCCCAUGGCCCUGGAUGCCGUGGCCGGCGGCGACCCUCUGAGCCCCGUGCCCACGCCUCACUCGUCGGCGACGACCUACCUCGGCACCAUCAAGACGCCUAGCAAGCCCGCCGGUGCCUACCGCCCCCCCGCGCUCGUGGCCUCGCCACGCCUCUGCACUUCAAGCGCGAGGACGAGGGCGGCUCAGUUCAUGUCGUGCCAGUGGCUACGAAAAAGGUGCGGGCCAUCGAGGACCUCGAGAUGCGUAUCCGCCGGCGGCGAGAAGCUCGAGGAUACGCAGAUGAAGAAGAUUACGACCAAGUCGUCCGUCCUCAAGGAGCUCGAGGCGCUCGAGAGGUCGUGA